UACUUCGUCACCCACAUCCCCGCCACGAUGCUCAUCGACGCGCAGGUGGUGUUGCCGCCGCGCGUCGUCCCGACGUUUGCGCGAAACGCCCUGCGUUGGCACAUCUCCACGAAUAACGACGUCUUGAUGGCGCACCAGCCCGCGUGGUUGCGGAGUUUGGUGAUGUGUGAGCUCGUGUUCCAACUGCCGUUCUUCUUCGUCGCGAUAUCGGCGCUGCGUCGAAGAGAUGAGGGCGCGAAGGGGUGGUUGUUGGCGUACGGCGCGCACACGGCGACGACGCUCGCGCCGAUUUUGCAAUACAUUUGGGAGAGCGACGCGAUCGCGAGCGAGCUCGAGCGAUGGAAGUUGAUUGGGGUGUAUUCGCCGUAUCUCGUCGUACCGCUGUGGAUCGUG